UAAAGAAGAGAGAAAAGAGAAAGAUUUUUUAAAUCUGAUUGAUCUGUUUCAUUCUGGUAAAUCCCAGAAUUAAAAGAAAUCUUGUUCACUUGAUUAAAGAUAUAGAUAUGCAAUGUUCUCUAUAUGCUACUAAUUCUGCCUGAUCCCUGAUCGGUGUAGCAUCAACCGAACAAGUCACCAUUGGACUUUAUGUUUUUCAAACUUUGUGAGAAAAGCACUUUGACUGUUGCAGAUCUCGCAGUCCUGCUCUUGCAGUUCUGCACACUGUGGUUGAAACGGGAUGUGGAAUGUCCCACAAGCUUGGGUGUUAACCACAGUUGUCUAUGCUGUCAGAUCAUACAGAAAUCGUACAUUGUAGGGAAGUAACUUCAUUGCUGAGAAGCAUUAUUUCAGAAGUGCUUUCAACAGGAAUCUUGGAGGAGCAAACGGACACUGCUGGUUACAGAGGCUUUGCCAUGAGGGUCUCUUUCAGCACCUUCUUUCUCGGAUUAUGGAUGGCAAGGCAUUGGCAUAUAUGUAGAGGGCAAUAUCAAUAUCUAUAUCCCAAGCCUGCUAUAGUCCUGAGCUCCAGAGAAGUGCCCCUUGGGGGAACUAUCUUCAUUCACUGCACAAGGCCUGACGCCUUUCAAUCAGCAAAGUGGUUCAUACUGUACCAAGCGGUGGGUUCCUGGGCAGUUCACAGGAAAGAGAUGCAAAUACUGAGGAAUGGGGCUAUGUUUCCAAUUGCCAGUGCAACCCAAUUGAAUGAGGGGAGCUAUUUUUGUCAAUAUUGCUCACCAGUUGGCUUUCCAUAUUGCUCCAGGUAUAGUGACACUGUUUCCCUUAAAAUAAUAGGAACACCUUAUCCUAAACCUUCCAUUGCAGUGGCUCCCAAUGGUGUGGUCAUUGUGGGACAAAGCAUUUGGAUCAGCUGUGAAAGCCACGAGUGCCAACAUGCAGAGUUAUUUCUGUAUAAAGAAGAGCCUCCUUUUUUGUUAUCUUCAAGUGUUGUGAAAAAGCCUCUACAGGGCAAUAAUACUUUUCUCAUUCACAAUGCUCAGCUAUAUCAAAGGGGAAUCUAUCGAUGUAGAUAUUGCUGCCAAUCAGCAUCUGAUAAGUUAUGUUCAGUUGUUAGUGACCAAGUACAUAUCAACAUGAAAGAUCCUAGCCGACCCAAACCCUUCAUCAAAGUGAGACCAAGGGAGCAGAUAACUUUGGGAUUAAAUAUCACCAUCGAGUGCGGGGCGCCAGAAAGUGAUUUGAACUUCUACCUGUACAAUUCGAGUGGCUUGGUAGCAUCACAGAUGACCUUACCAAGCAGAAACAUAACAGAGUUUAAUUUUUUCAUGGUGGGAUUAGAAAUUUCAGGAAACUACAGUUGUCGAUAUCAUCACAGAAGUAGACCAUUCCUGUGGUCAGAGCCAAGUGACCACGUGGAGCUUCUUGUGACAAGCCAGGCACAAGGAAUAACUAAACCAGUGGGAGCCACGACAAUCAUAUUGGCAAGCACUUCGGCAGGUGUUCUCCUCCUCCUCCUUCUCUUGCUUGCCUUUCUUCUGUGCAGAAGGAGGAGGAAGGGAUUUACUGCCAAUGACAGAAAUCAACCAGUGGAGACGCCCUUGCAACUUAAUACUGGAGUAGUAGUAGAACCUGAGGAAAUCACCUAUGCUGAAUUGAGCAGCUGCUCCUCCAAGACCAGACAGACAACACAACCGGACACUCUCAAUGGAUCGUGUGUCUAUACAUCUGUGGCUCAAAAUAAAAUUAGGCCAAGGCAAUAGGAAGGACUUCUCAGGAGUGCAAGGGACUUCUGGGACCAGGGCCAUAGCACAUCCCAGCGUUCUGUGGACACAUCUUAAGAUGGGCUUGCAUAUAUCAAAAUAUUACAAUAGCUUUCCAUUCUACGAGUUGUGUCAACUUUUGUUACAUUUUUGGCUUGAGUAGGGAAGAGUUGUUUUUAAUUGUUUUGUACGUAUGGUACAACCAAUGUAUGUGGUUUUUUUUUUUAAGGAAUGAGAUACAGCGGAGGGGGAGAAAUAAUUAGGGGAUUCUUUUGUUUGGGAGCGGAGUUUAUUUAUUUUAUUUCGUGUCAAAAGCAUUGUACAUUUCAAAUAAUGGGGGGGGGGGGGG